AUGAGUGGCGGACAUGAUAUCACCGGUGUCUCCAUCCGGACACCGAUUGUUCGCUACUUAAAAGCUGGCACUAAAGACAAGCCGAAGACUACCGCUAAGACGGCGCCGAAGGCAGCGACCGGUGCCACUAAGAAGAAGACCGCGCGAGUGGUGCCCAAGAAUGUGAAGAAACUGAUGACCCAUCGGUCCACUCGACCCCUUUGGGCCAAAAUCAGGCGCUCGGCUAAGCUCUUCUUUCACGGCCGCCUUGUCGACGACUUCUUCUUCGGCUUCAAACACCACUUCUUCUAG